AGUUCUCUGUCUGUCCCAAUCACGAUUCGUCAACGCCGGAGUUGGGUGUUUCGUUUUAUAGAAUUUAUUUACGUUCUAAAGAAUAGUCUUUAAGGAUUUAUUUUCUUGAUGGAGGUUGACAAACUGUUGUGGGACAAUCUCGACAUUCAUUGGUGAGUUCAUUUGACGUGGACACAUUCUGAGAGAGUCAGUGACUGCAUUGCAGCAAUAUUUUUGAGGUUAUCCAUCAGAAAAACUCCUGCACGACUCAUUGUCUAGUGGAUGAUUGCAAAUAUGAUUCCAAAAGCUCUGCUGCUCCGUACUCCAACGUUGAAAGCUGGUCUCCAUAGGCUGUUAUGGGGGAGAUGUUACUCAACAGAAAUUCCAGCGAAAAACCAAUCCUUCGACAUAACCUCAGUGGAGGAGACACCUCGGUACGAUGAAAUCAUAACAGAGGAGGGACAAAAAGAAACCGUACAAAAGAGACUGAAGUCUAGGCUCACCGAAGCCCAUCGGAGGAUGAUCCAGGGUGUCAGGCCUUACGAUGAAAAUAUGGCGUGGUUUCACACCACAACUAGGUACAAGAAGAGGAUACUAGGGAGGUAUGGGAUGGCAGCAAUGGAUGAGCAAAUUGGAUGUGCUUGGCCCACAGAGGAGGAAAUUAAAGACAAAAUACUGUGGGAAAAGACGGCUUAUCCGAAGAGUAUACAAGAGCGAUGGAAGGAACUUGAGAAUGCGAAGAUCGAGAAGGAGGAGGCGAUCAGACUCAGGGAAGAGACCAUCACCAAAAACAUAGCCCUGGUGGGUAAAUGGGAGAAGGAUUUGAAGGCGAGGCUUGCCAAAAAAGAGGCUACCGUGCUGGCUGCUAAAGAGCGCAAAGCACGUCUCGUUGAAGAAGUACGAAGGCAAUUCGGUUUUGCUAUUGAUCCACGUGAUGAGAGAUUCCAACAACUGCUGGAGCAGAAGGAGAAGGAGGACAAAAAACUGAAGAAGGAAACGAGGAAGAAGGAGAAAGCGGCCAGAUUCCUGGCUAGUAUGAUGGAACCAACAAAGACAAAGUCGGAAGAAGCCCCUCCAUCAGCUAAAGCAGAGGAUCCGAACAAACCACAGCAGACGGAAACUGAGAAAGAGAAGUAGCAAUGAUAACUGUACAAAACAAAGCAUAAAUUUUACUUCCUAAAAUUAA